CUGCAGAGAAGUAACCAGAAGGGUCUGAAGAAGUUGUUCAGUCAAAGAAAUACAGCUCAGUCCAUUCAGCCCCUUCGACUCGUGAGCCCAAACUUGAAGCAGCGUGGUUCAGGUUUAGUUUCGGCUGUGAAAACCUGCCCAGCUUCUUCCUCUAACUUCUGAGUAUCUGAGCGGCUAGCCUUGUUAGCUCACAAGCUAAAAUGAACGGCCACCAGAACGGUUUCCACAACAACGCGCUCAUUGAUGAAGACUGCUUCCUCUUCACUUCUGAAUCGGUCGGAGAGGGACACCCAGAUAAAAUUUGUGACCAAAUCAGUGAUGCUGUGUUGGACGCACACCUCAAACAAGACCCUGAUGCCAAAGUAGCAUGUGAAACUGUUGCUAAGACGGGGAUGAUCCUGCUGGCGGGGGAGAUCACCUCCAGGGCCAACAUUGACUACCAGAAGAUUGUCAGGGACACAGUCAAACACAUUGGAUAUGAUGACUCCUCCAAAGGCUUUGACUAUAAGACCUGCAAUGUGCUGGUGGCUUUGGAGCAGCAGUCUCCUGACAUUGCUCAGGGCGUUCACCUGGAUCGAAAAGAAGAAGAUGUGGGAGCCGGGGACCAGGGUCUGAUGUUUGGAUAUGCCACUGAUGAGACUGAGGAGUGUAUGCCCCUCACUAUCGUCCUGGCUCACAAGCUGAAUGCUAAGAUGGCUGAAUUGCGCCGAAAUGGAACGCUGCCGUGGCUCCGACCCGAUUCCAAAACUCAAGUGACUGUUCAGUACAGACAGGAUCGAGGGGCCAUGAAGCCAUUGCGUGUCCACACCAUUGUGAUCUCUGUGCAGCACGACGAGGCUAUUAGUUUGGACGAAAUGCGCAAAUGUCUGAAGGAGCAGGUGGUGAGAGCGGUGGUUCCCAGUGGAUACCUGGAUGAUGAAACCGUAUACCACCUGCAGCCCAGUGGACGCUUCGUCAUCGGAGGACCGCAGGGUGAUGCUGGUCUGACUGGGCGUAAGAUCAUUGUUGAUACGUACGGAGGCUGGGGUGCUCAUGGAGGCGGAGCCUUUUCUGGGAAGGACUACACAAAGGUAGAUCGCUCUGCGGCCUAUGCUGCGCGCUGGGUGGCCAAGUCUCUGGUGAAAGCUGGGCUCUGCAGGCGUGUAUUGGUCCAGGUAUCCUAUGCUAUUGGAGUUGCCCAUCCACUCUCCGUCUCCAUCUUCCACUAUGGGACCUCUCAGAAGAGCGAAAGGGAGCUGCUGGAAAUUGUGAAGAAGAACUUUGACCUCCGUCCAGGAGUUAUCGUGAGGGAGCUGGACCUGAAGAGGCCCAUCUACCAGCACACAGCAGCUUAUGGUCACUUUGGGCGUGACGUCUUUUCAUGGGAGGUGCCCAAGGCGCUGAAAUACUGAACCCCUCCUCUUAUUUUCCAUACGGGCCACAGGUGUACUACAGAUAAACCUGUGUAUCCGUCCACCUCCCUCCUUUCCCCUCCUCCUCCUCCUCCUCCUCUUCUUUUUCUUUCUUCCUCCUCACACACAGCCACAUCACCAUAGCCUCUACUUCACGAAAUAAUGCCCCGUCUCCACCUGUUAUCACUGUACACAUCUCCGUGAGAUAACAAUAGUUUUUCAGUUUCAGAUAUCAAGUUGAUCUAGCAUGUUGGAUAAAUAGUGGGUACAGAUUCGAGCAGUGCUGCCGGCUUUUGUUCAUCUUAGUUCAGGCAGCUCACCUCACUUUUUGUAUGAUUAACAGUAAUCUAGUGUCCUGACACCGCUAGGUAAAAGUGGAUUAACCUAAUCUCUUGCAGUAUAUAUUUAUAGCAGAUUUCCAAAAUGACCACAUGGAUAUUUUUUCGUAAAAUAUUUCCAGUAUUCCCCAGCUUUCAAAAUCAGAAUCUCACUGCUGUUUAGUUGUAGGAGUGAUUAAUGGUUUGCAUCCUCUGUUGCUUUUCCUUUUAUGGCAACAUGUCAUUUCCCAUUUCGCCUAACUUUGUUCGUCUAAUGGCAGUUGAGCAUUGCAAAAACAUCCGCUCUGUUCACAUCAAACCCUUACCCUCUAUGAUUUUGAAAGUCUGGUCGCACAAAUGGGGUCAAACACAUGUCAAGGAAUACGGAAUCUGCUCAUUUUCUUAUUUUUGCUGUCCCUUCAGGCCAUUUGUUUUUCUGACGUUUUACAGAGAAGUCAGAAGCUGCUAAUGACCUUGUGGUUAUGUUGGGCUGCACCAUGAAAUCACUGUUUUUAGAAUUUAUUUUGUUGGUUUAAAUGUCAUGUGAAUGUUCCAAAUUGUGUUAAAUGUGUCAAUGUUUUACUGACCAAGAUAAAGGCACGGUCCCCUGAGUCUGAGUCUGGGUGUAGCUACAGAGAAACCCAGCUCAGUCGCCUCUCAGCGGGCGCUGCCUUCAUCCCAUGGCAACAUUGUACUUGAAAUAAUUUAUAGAAUGGCAUUUGACUAUUGCGGGACCUAACUGUUUGACCAAGAAGGAAGUACAACUGAGUAAUGUGUGCCACAAGUUUUUGUAUCAACAAAGUGUUUUUCACUCAGUUGCACACGUUUAGGAUCCUCAGACCUUCAGUCUCACCUGCACACAAUGUGAGAGGUGGAUAAGCAUUGAAACAUGGAGAGUAGAGCCACAGACAGACCAAGAGAUAAGAGGAAGCACACAGUCGGCUUAGUGAAUGUAAGACGUGGUAUUACUACUUGUCUUCUCAGCAGGGUUAGUUUUGUAAACAGGGAUGUGGGAUCAGACUGUUACGGUUACAUUUGACGAUUUUGAAUCUCCUGUGGAAUUGCACUGCACAUUGCUUCUUUAUUACCAAAAAUGAAAAAGGCCUCUUUUUUUUCAAUGUUUUAUAUAAAGUAGUUCUGAAAUGGAUAUUGAGCUUGCAGCUGAGGCUUUUGUUUUUAACUUAUUUUUAUUUAUUUGUUUUUAAAAACAUGCAUUCUUUACACCAUACCCAAUGAGUCAUGGUUGGCACAAGUCUGAUUUUUCCCGAUUAGCACACUUGAAACAAUCCGGGUUUGUCAAGGUGGCCCCUCAUUUUGUUCUUGUUUCGUGAGGAAAUGCAGAUAAAGUGCAAAAAAUGUGUGCAAAGGACCCUGGGCAGAUUUGACCCCAUGACGUUGUGAAUACACAGUAUAUGCCUUUGAAUGCUUCCCAAGUUGUUCUCCUUGACUUUACUCCUGAAUGUCACAAUAUAGUUGCAGAGUUGAGGCUAAGCCAGCUGUAAAUCUGCAAGGUUGGUAUUUACCUUUUUAAAAUCACCAGUUGGUACUUUGUCUGAGCUUUGUGCACAGUUUGCGUGUCUAAAAAUGUCCUCAUUGUGUAACUAGGUGGCGCUGUGUCCUCGUAUAUAAUGGAGAAAUAUAAUAUCUACUUUAACACUGAUAACUUGUCUUUAGUUUGGCUCCUCUGGCACCACCUUGUGGUCAUGUGAGUAUACUGCAGAGAAACCUCAAGCUAGGAGUGUUGCUAAAGGCAGAUCAAUCAAUCAUACAGUAAAAUGACUCCUAAAGAUUUUUUUUUACAUGUUUGCAUCCCUAAGCCCAUCCACAAUGAGGCCAAUAAUUUGUUGGUGUUGUACAGAGAAACCAGCCUGUUUACAUGGUCUCCUGUGGGGGGUGUUGAGAAGCAUUUUUUUCUCUGUUUAAUAUUAUUUUCUAAUGAUUAGAAGUUAUUCAAGAAGUAUAUGUGGUUGCUGAAUGUGUAAAAGUGCCUUUUCUCAUUUUUUGCAAUGCCCCUAUCCCUCACCCCCACAUAUCCCCCUCCCCCAGUUUCUACCCCGAGGUUGUAAAAUCUCAGUAAUUCAUUCUGAGGAGUCGGAUUUGUUGUUGAGUUUCUCUUUCAAACCCUGUCAAAAUAAACUGCACUCUCCUUCUA